CUUCGCCGCAGUCGCGCGCAGUCGCCAUUUCUGUGUUGUCGUUGUCUCGUCAUGGCUGCGGCUCCUUUUUCGGAUAUUUAGUCCUCGCCGCCUCAAUUUUCGUCGGGUUUCGGGCGGUGGGCGCCCACACUUUUGGGCAACAAUGAACAACAUGUGGUCAGGAGCCCCCCAGUGGGCAUCUUGGGCUCUACAGCCCCAACAUUACCAAAACAUGAAGCCGGAGGAAGCAUCCUCUGUAGACUGGGCAGAACUUGCAAAACAGUGGAUCCAGAUGAAAGAAACCACGUCGUCCUCGCAAGAUUCGAUGGAGCCUACGCAGUCUACGGCAGAUGUAUCUUCGAGUCCACCAGCGCCUCCGGCGGAAGACAAUGCAACAGCUGGUGGGGAAAUGGACAUGGAAAUUGAAGAUGAUAAGGGUCCAUCUGCCAAUGGUGGAGAACAACAGAAUGGAGAGUCGUGGGAAGGUUGGAGUGGAGACGGAAACUGGCUACCCAAUCAGACCUCAGGGAUGGGCUGGGGCUGGGGUUGGCCUGUGGAUUCCUAUAGUAACAAUGAAGCGUCGGGACAGGAGAGCACAACUCAGCAGUAUAACAUCAAAGACGUAAGCCAAGCAGGAUUUGCUGCUGUGUAUGGUAAUGAGUUUUCAGCCGCCCAUGGCGUAGCAAUGCAGGGUGAAUAUAACUGGCCUAUUGUCGGGAACGACAAUUAUCAGGGUGAUUUCGCGAGGAGUGAGAGAAGGGAAAGAGUCGGGCGAGAUUUCCACCACAGGUCCUUCGACCAAGACAGAGGGGCACCUGAAGCGGACUUCCAGCUUGACGCGGCUCAGCGGAAGAAGUUGCCCGCUUGGAUUCGAGAGGGGCUGGAAAAGAUGGAACGGGAAAAGCAGAGAAAGAUGGAAAAGGAACGCCAGAUGUCAGAGAAAGAGGAGAUGCUCCGACGAAAAAGGGAAGAGGAAGCCAGAGCCAGACGAAUCCUGGAAGAGGAUCUCGCUAACGAUGGGAAGCCUCGUGUACCAAGGAAAAGUAAAUUUGACAGCGACAGCGACGCGUCCGAUCACAGCCGGUCGCCGAGUCCCGAAACAACCACUCCUGGUUUGGGCAGCAUGGCUCGCAAAAGGCGCACGCGUUUCGCCCCGAAGGACGGCGGCAUCGACGGCCACGACCUGGACGGGACGAAGAAGGAGGAAGACGCAGAAGAGGAGGAGGAGGAGGAGGAAAAGCACCCGAGGAGGAGGAUAGCAUCACCAGAGCCAGUUAAGACUGAGGAGGAAAAGAUGCAGGAAAUGAUGUUGAAAUUACGCCGUUGGAUGACUGAAAUCCUGCUCGAUGUCACGACAGACAUGAUGGUGGAUGUGUGCACGGAAGUGGUGCAACGAGCACGCAUGAAAGCCCCAGCAGUUCAGGUCAAGAAGAACUCGGCCCUUGCCUCUUUGUCUGGUGGAAUUGGGCUGGGUAUCUACAGCGACAGUGAGAGCGAAGGGGAAGGAUCGGGUGUGGACCGAGGCAGCGAUCAUGGCGACACAGACAGCGACGAAGAGCUGAGGGAGACCAUCCGACGCAAGCGCCGAGACUUUCAGGCCACCGAGAGAGAGAUUCUCCUCCGCCUGCAGGCGGAAGAGAAGGCCGAAAGAGACAAGCAUCAAACUCAGUCUGCAGCGGAGUCCGACUCUGACUCAGACGAAAAGAAAGAUGCGGCCAGGGAAAAGAGCUCUCUCAGGGAGGGAGGGGAUAAGCAGGAACCCAAAGAGAGCAGUCCUACUGCUACGGGGAACAUAAAACCAAUGAAAUUUGUACCGCCUCAAGACCCAGAAGUAGACUCGACUCAGCCGGACGACGUCAGUCCUGACGGUUCGGCUAAGGGAGCCAACGAGUCCCAGGACUCCGAGCAAAGUAUAGAUUCGGAGGAAGACUCCAAGUCAUCGUCUAGUGAUCAGUCUCGCUCCUCAAGCGAAGAAAAGAAAAAACGGAGGAAAAGAUCACGCAAAGAAAGGAGGCGAAGAGACGGCAGGAAAAGAAGUAGCAGAUCGGAGAGUAGGGAGAGAGAUGAUAGGAAGGAACAUAAGAAGAAGAAAAAACGGAAAGUUAGCAGGAGCAUGAGUAGGAGUUCAGAGGAGUACAGUAGGUACCGGAGUCAUAGCAGAAGUAGAGAGAGUUCAAGAAAAAAGAAAGAAGUCAGUCGAAGUCCUAGCGAGAGGAGCGUACACAGACGAUACAGUCGUGAUCGGUCCAGGUCUAAAGGCAGAAACCGAUCUAAAGAGAGAACUCGGACGAGAGAUCGGUCCAGAGACAGACACAGAAGUAGAUCUAGGGGUAGGAAAAGCAGUACUCGAGAUAGAAAGAGGUACAGAGACAGAAGUAAUGAUAGCCGGUCUGGCUACAGACACAGUAGCAGUCGUUCACAUAAAGAGCGCCGUCGAAGUUAUAGGGAUGGGAGUGAAGAGAGUAGAUCAGGAAGGAGUAGUAGGCGAUACUCACAGUCGUAUAGUAAGAGCAGAAGCCGAAGCAGGAGUAGGGGUUAUUCAAAGAAGAAAGAUCGUUAUCAGUCUAGGUCGAAGUCAAGAUCACGUACACCCAAAAGGUCAAAGAGGCGUCGUCGAUCACACUCAAGAAGUUCCUCGAUAUCUCUCCCAAAGAAGUCGAGGAGGAGGUCGCGGUCGUCGUCGUAGGCAAGUGAAGAUCCUUAUCAUGAGUGCUGUGGUAAGACUGUCUCAAGCCUCUGCAUUACGCACUGCCCAACAUUUGGAGCCGCUACCCUUAGUUGCAGUCUGACUGUAGAUUAUCCAAAGAUAGGUCAUAUAUGUAAAGUAUUAAAAUUUGCAGUGUAAGUCUUUGGUUUCUUCCGACAUCUUAUUUCAGGUUCAAAACUGUACAGUUUUCUUUGGAAUAUGAAUUUUUUUUUUCAAGUCAUUUGAAAGUACAGAUCUUUUGCAAAAAAAAAAAAAAAAAAUCCUCCCGAUUGUAUAGCAUCUUUCUCACUCAGAAGUUGCCUCGUGUUCCAGAGAUUUGUAUUUCUUCACUUUCAGGUUUUAUCUCAGAUUUGCUCAUGUAGUGUAGAGUAAAGAGAUGGAGACUUGA